AUGCUAUCGGGUGUGGGACCAAAACAGCACUUGAAAAACAAAGGUAUCGGUCAUGUAUUUGGCAAUAUACCCGUCGGUAACAAUUAUUGCGAUCAAGUUUCUGUUAAUAUUGACUUUCGAUUAACUCAACCGAAUUUAGCCGAACCUAUGUUUUCAUUAGACAAUAUUAGUCAAUUGUACCAGGUUACUGUCCAGGGUAAAGGGCUCAUGUCAGAGAAGCCAAACACUAUGAUGUAUUGGUCAACCAAAUACAAUAACGAUACCACAUAUCCGGAUAUCUAUAUGUAUUUAACUGUUAAUAGAAAAGGUAGCGAACCGGCCAUUAGUUCCAAUGCUAUGGCAAACAGUAAAACAUUGGAGAGACAAAUAAAAAGAUAUUCUCGACAAAUGAUUUCAAACAAUUAUGUAUCGUUGGGUACAGGACUGGUACGUCCUGUUAGCUGCGGUACGAUUAGACUUAACACCAGCUCUAUUAACGAUCAGCCGCUAAUUGAUCCGAAUUUUUUGGCCAACCCAAGCGAUCGACUUCGUCUUCGGGAAGCAAUCGCCGAUACGUUUCAUUUUGUCGAAACAACCAGUUUUGGUCGUUACGUCCGACCCUCUAUACUGCCUAUGCCUCCGUGUCAGUACUGUCCAGAUGUUCCCAUUUAUCGAUGCAACACUUAUAUUGACUGUUUGAUUGACAAUUGGGCCGGCGCUGAGAUUCAUCCAGUGGGCAGCUGUCGUAUGGGUGAUCCGCACCGAACAGACACUGUAGUAGAUCCGCGAUUACGUGUUAAAGCAGGGUUAAGCAAGGGGGGUGUCCACCGAUUACGUGUUGUCGACGCAUCCAUUUAUCCGGAGAUAAUCAAUGCCAACACUAAUGCAGCCGCGAUGUUGGCCGGAGAAAUGGGCGCACAGUUUAUACACAAAGACAAUAAGGGUUACAAAUAA